GUAAGAAGAGCAGCAAACACAGCGCCAGCAUCGCGCGGUAUUGAAGACUACAAUCCGUUUGCAGACCCUGUUCCUGGACAGAAUAAUAACAAUCAAACGCAGCAAGUACGUGGUGCCUCAAAUCCGCCGAUGUACGGCGGUGUUGGAGCAACACCAACACCCGCAACUCUGCAACCGACCCAGGAAAUCCCGCCACCAAAUUACACCCGGAGAAAUAAUUGGCCACCACUGCCAGAAAAAUGUUGUUUCCAACCAUGUUUUUACCAAGAUAUUGAUGUUGACAUUCAUACAGACUUUCAAAGAGUGGUUAGACAAUUAUAUUAUCUUUGGAUUUCAUGGACUUGUAUUAUUAUUAAAUGUGAUCGGUGGUUUCGCUUUAAUGCUGUGUUACAAAGAGUUCGAAACAUUCGGUCUAGGUAUAGUCUACCUCAUACUAUUUACACCGUUUUCAUUCGUCUGUUGGUUCAGGCCAGCUUACAAAGCGUUCAAGAGUGAUAGUUCCAUUAAUUUUAUGGCAUUUUUUUUCGUAUUCUUCUUUCAACUUGUUGUAACUAGUGUCCAAGGUAUUGGAAUUCCUGGAGCUGGCACUUGUGGAAUAAUAAAAGCGAUAGCUUCUUUUGAUGGGACUGGAAAAGGAACAUUUGUUGGUAUACUGAUAUUUAUGAUUGCUACUUGUUAUGGUAUCGCUGCUGCUGGUGAUCUAUUAAUGUUGACAAAGGU